AUGUUCGUUUUGAACCGAACGGCCGGUCUAAUUCAUCGAUCGGCGCCCCUCAUCGCUCAAAUUUCGACGCCCACCACUUCGGCGACAAAAUCGUUUCAAAAUGGUAUGAUUUUCAGAUUUCCGCUUGGUUUUUCGUGAGUUUAAUAAAAUCGAUACUUCAGCUUCACUUCACACAACGUGCUCGCUGAGCAAAGAAGAUUAUUACAAGACUUUGGGCGUCGACAAGAAAGCUGAUGCAAAAUCAAUUAAAAAAGCGUAUUUUCAGGUGAGUUUCACAUUUUUGAGUCAGUUUUUGUAUUAUUAUAUAGAUUUUCAGCUUGCCAAAAAAUACCAUCCGGAUGUGAACAAAACGAAAGAGGCGCAGACGAAAUUUCAAGAGAUUUCAGAGGCCUACGAGGUGAAUUUUUGAAGUUUUCAGUUUCUGUUAAAAUUUUGUUUCAGGUUCUGUCGGAUGAUACGAAAAGGCAAGAAUACGAUGCGUACGGAGCUGGCGGAGGUCCGGCGGGAGCCCGCGGAGCUCCUGGAGGUGCUGCAGGCGGAGGAUUCCACUAUUCUGGAAACGUCGACGUCAAUGAGAUCUUCAGGAGGGCGUUCGGAGGCGGUGCCGGCGGCGGAAUGGUGGGUAGCGAAUACCUAUAAAUAAAAUUCCCCCAAAAUUUCAGGGCGGUUUCAACUUUGACAACUUCGCGCAGAGCUCGUUCGGCCACUCGGCCGCACAGGAGAUGGUGAUGGACAUUUCGUUCGAGGAGGCCGUCCGCGGCGCCACGAAAAACGUGUUCGUCAACGUGGUCGAGGACUGUCUCAAGUGCCACGGAUCGCAGGUGGAGCCGGGCUUCAAGAAGACCUCCUGCCCUUACUGCAACGGCUCCGGGGCCAUCUCGCAACGCCUUCAGGGCGGAUUCUUCUACCAGACGACGUGCACGCGGUGCAGGGGCAGCGGACACUACAACAAAGUACGGGGAAACGGGCGAUCUUACACGAAAACCCUGAAGAAACUGGGGGUUUGGGAUAGAAAAGAGUUCAAAAUACGCUUUCUGUGAAUUCAAAAUGUCGAAAAAGUCGAAAAAUUGACAGCGAGAAAUGCUUGAUGGUGUUUUGUAUGCGAAAUGAUACUUUAGGGUAAGAAAGAGCGGGUUGUUCUCAUGGUUUGCACCGAAAACAUGCAAAUUUAGAGUUUUUCGACUGACAGUGCCUAAUUUCUUGUAAUUUCUUUCGAGCGCGUUUCCAGACCGUUAGUCAAAAUCAGCACAAAAUGCGAUUGGAAAAUGCAGUUUUUAUGCUGGUCCUACAUGUUUACUCGUUCAGAAUCCGUGUCAGGAGUGCGAAGGCGAGGGCCAGACGGUCCAACGAAGGCAAGUGACGUUCCAAGUGCCGGCGGGGACGAACAACGGCGACAGUCUCAAGUUCCAAGUGGGCAAGAAUCAGGUGUUCGUUCGGUUCAACGUGGCGCCGUCGCUCAAAUUCCGCCGCGAAAAGGACGACAUCCAUUGCGAUGUGGAGAUUUCAAUUGCGCAGGCCGUCCUCGGAGGCACCGCCAAGGUUCGGCAACUUUUCUUGUUAAAAACAAUUCAACUGUAAUUUUUGCCAAAAUUUGUUCAAAAAACGUUUCUGCAGGUGCCAGGCAUCAAUGGCGACACUUAUGUGCACGUUCCCGCCGGUACUGGAAGUCAUACGAAAAUGAGGUUUGUGUUUUUGCCAAUUUGCGCCUUUCAGCGCUUUUUCCGCGCCAACUCGAUAAUUUGCAGACUGACGGGAAAAGGAGUGAAACGGCUGCAUUCGCAGGGCCACGGCGACCAGUACAUGCACAUUAAAGUGACGGUGCCGAAAUAUUUGACGGCCGAGCAAAAGGCGAUCAUUUUGGAGUGGGCGGCCACAGAACAACUCAAGGACGGCACGAUAAAGGGACUCGAGAAGAAGGAGAGCGCCGAGAAAACGCAGAAAUCCGAGAAAACGACACGGAAAACGAGUCAGGGUUGGUGAAAACGAGCAUUUUUAAACAGUUAAGAGAAACAAAUCGGGCGAAGCCGAUCCGCUCACUUCUUUCUUCAGUUGACAAUCUCUUGGUAUUUCUUUUGCUGUUUUUGUACAAGUGUCUUCAACAGCCUGCAUCUCAAGAAUGGAAAACAGAAGAAAGAAGUGAUCAACUGAAAAGUUGGGGCAAAUGUUAUGCUGAUCAACUUUGUAGUUGAUGGUUGCAAAAAAACACUUUUGUCUGAUGCAUCUUGAAAUUUAAAAUUUGUGAAGAAAACUCCAAUUUCCCUCCAAUUUCUAGGUGCAUCAGACACGCGAAAAAGCAGUGAGCCGGUGGCGGAAAACGCGGAAACGAUUGACGAAAAUCAGGAGAGCGAGGGGAUUUUCGGAAAGAUCAAACGCAAAAUUUUUGGGUUUUUUUUUGGCAGAACUUACCCGAACAAUUCGAGAUUUUUGCAGAUAAACACGAGGAAGACACGGAGCCGAAAGUGGAGGAAACGAGCGGAAAUGCGGAGAAAAAAGCGGCUGAAUCCUAA